AAACUCUCCAUGUGUAAAUUAGUCACUAGCGAAGCGACAUAAAAUUAUAUCCAAUCCUUCCUUUGCUCUGAACAUUGCUGUGGUGUUGUUACUAUAUAACAAAUCAAUGACACUACUCCCACAAUCGAUUGAAUACUUAGCAUUUCGUUUCCAACGUCUAAAACAAUAGAAACGAAAACUGAUGCCAAAUCUGCAAUGACUUUCAUUAGGCGAAGUAGGGAAGUUUAGCGACAACCAAUGACAACAUCCGUGGACGGGAUAGAUAAAGCGAGAUUUGAGUUGGAGGGGAAGAUCAAGUUGGUUGCUUUUAUUCUAAUUGGAGUUGCUGUUUAUGGCCGUACAUCUCCAUUAGGUGCUAAUCUUCCAACCAUUGGAGGAAUUUUAGCAUGUGGAGUAUUUCUCAUUCUUAUUUCCAUCUUGGGAUUGGUUGGUGCUAUUAAACAUCAUCAAGUUCUUCUGUUUUUUUACAUGAUAAUUCUCUUCCUUCUAUUCUGUGUGCAAUUUAGCAUAGCUUGUGCUUGUCUUGCUGUGAACAGUGAGCAGCAGGGGGCAUUGGCUCAAGAGGGUUGGGGAAAGAUUUCUGAGGACAUGCACAUUCAAGUCCAGGAUAUGUUUGACUGCUGUGGUUUUGAUAAACUUCCUACUCCUACAAACAGCACCCCUGAAGCAUCUGCAUUACUUCGUGAUUCUUGUCCAAAGAAUUGCUGUCCAACUCCACAAGAUUGCAAGUGUUCUCCAUGCAUGGAGAAACUGAAGAACACCAUUAAUUACGCAUUCAAGCUGUGUGGAGGAAUUGGACUCUUUUUCAGUUUCACUGAGUUUCUGGGUGUCUGGUUGACUGUUCGCUAUCGGAAUCAGAAAGAUCCUCGAGCUAACCCCAGUGCAUUUCUCUAACCUAUUGGCUAACUUUCCUUUGGUAUUUGGGUGGUGGCUGCAGUGAUUGCGUACAGGUAUCGAAAUCAAUUUGACCCGCGGGAUGCAGCAGCAAGUGCCAUUAUACGUAGAAGUAAUUAUUUAAAAUGAACAUUAGUACAGCACUUCUAAUGGAAGUACUGGGCCAAUGGCUUUAGAAAAUUACCUGGAAUAUUUAUAAAAAUAAAUUCUUCUUGGACUGAUAUACUAAGAUACCCCUCUUUAUUUAUUUUAUGCUGAAUAAAAAGCUGUGAUUCUUCAGGGCUCUAGCAUAGUAUUAAACAUUUCAUUUUAAUUUUAUUUUAAUGAUUACUACCUGCAAUAAACCUAUGUAUUUGCUUGAAGUACCUGGAAAGCAUUAUCUAAAUGUGAUGAUUGUGAUCUUUAGUCAUCUGUAGUUCAUUUAAGGAAUAAUCCACAGGAAAAUAUAUUUUGUCAUUGUCAGAGAAAUGUAGUGUGGUACAAUAGGGAAGUACUGCUGCUUUAAUCUAUAUAUUAAUUUCUAAUAUCCUUUUCUAUAUAUAGUUUGGUUGUGAGUGGUGCACAUGUCUCUUAUCAAAUGCUGCUGCUAAUAUAGAUGGUAUGAAAUGCUUUGAACAGCUGUUAGGUGAAAAACAAAUGUUACCUGCAUUCCCAGUGGAGUAGAAUAUUAUAGUAUGUUUAUUGUGUGUGUCUCCAAUCUUGUCCAGUAAACUUUGGUAAAUGAGGUGUGUACAAAGUUUCUUGGAAAAGAUUUGAUUUUGUAAUUUGAUGUGCUACAUUUGUAAAAUAAUGAUAGUUAAUCUCAUAUAUUGCUUACAGAUCUGUAAAGAUUAGAAUUAAAAAUUGUGUGGUCUUCUAAGCAUGGAAUUUAUCAAGUUAAUUAUUGUACUCUUGUAAAUAUUUAAAACUUGUAUCUGAUUGUCUUAAUUUAUGUGGUGGUAAAAAACCAUUUGUUAAAUUGAUUAGAUUAAUCAUUGUUCUGAGUAAUGACGCGCUUUAAAUUGUAAAGAUCUGUGGCUACAUUCCAUGUCCUCCAAUGUUACUGUAUAUAUUGGCAAAGUUUAAGAGGUUCAGUGGAGCUGAAAGAAGGGGCCUUGAUAGACUAAUGUAAAACUAAAAUAAACUCUGCCUCUAGGCAGUAAAGAAUUGAGAAUAAGAUCUUGUAAGUUUCCUUUGACAACUGUUGUAAGCAAAUAGUUUUCAUUGUUUAUGCCAGACAGUUCUUUAUUCCUAUUCCACAUAUCAUCUGAUUGCUGCUUGUAGAAAACCCAACUUUGUCCCAAAUACAUCUUUUCAGUUGUAAUUGUUGAAAGCCAGUUUUUCCUUUAGAGAAGCACCUUUACAUCGAGCAAAUGGUAGAGAUCAUAUUUUUAUUGAAAGUGACUGUGGAUAGGAGCUAGAAAUAGUUUGCCUGCAACUAGUGAAUGUAAAAUGGAGAAGUCUUUUAAAUUUUGCCAAAAAGUAUGCUUGAGAGAAUGCAUUAUGCACAAGUCGCUUCCAUUGUGCAUGUCAUGAAUGUAGUAAUCAGCUCUUACUUUUUUCUGGUGUCUAUAAAUGGCAAUGAAAUCAGGUAGCAAAUGCUGAGCAUUUUUUGUUUUCUCUAUUAGUAACAUGUUAAAGACAAUAUGUGCUGUUCUGAAACUACUGUUAAUCUUUUUAGAAGUGGAGCAUGGCAUUAGUGCCAUAUUAUACUGUCAUAACUAUUAGAUUGUAUGUGUUUGUUAUAAUAUUGCCCUCCUGAGACGAGUGCAACAGUACAUUAUAUUUCAGAGUAAAAGGGGAUAAAAUGUAUAUAAAUUGUAUUGUAAAACAAAAAAUUUUAGUUUUCUUGAUUAGGGACACUCAUAUUGUUUUGUUGCAUUGAUAACUGGAUUCUUUACAUUGACAUAUAUGUUGAAAUUAUUAAUUUUAAUUUACAUAUGCAUUAUCCUUAAUCCCUAUUUUACUUGUAUUCGCCAAAGGUCAUCUAACAGGAGAGCCCAUUUUCUGGAACAUAUCUCUUAUAAAUCUAAAAAUGAUGUAAAUUACCAAAUAAUACAUUUAAUCGUUAUUUUAUAAUUAUUCAUUAUGCUUUUUCUCUUAAACGGCUGUAUAUGCUAGUCAUUUAUUUUGCAUUUAUUGAUAAUUUUUUGUCAGAAUAAUGGGAGUCAAAAGUUGUGUAGAGAAAAAGGGAGGAGGGACCAGCACAAAAAAGUCUUGGUAAUUAGGGUGUGACACUAUCAUUUAUUGGAGCUAAUUCAAAUAAUUAGUGUGUUAAAUUUUGUAAUAAAAGUAAUGUUAUUAGCAGUGAAACUGUUAGGUCUAAUACAUCAUAUGUUACUGUAUAAUAUAAUAGCAAUAAAGUAUUGCAAAAAUACUUGGGAAAUAUUUAUUUUCCCCUCUUAAAUUAGUUGAAGAAAGUCAGUGUUGUAUUGUUUAAACUAGCUACACGCCUGCAAGAAAUACUCGUUGAUACCCUCUGUGACUGAAAGAAGUUCAAAAGGGGUGGGGUCACAUCUUGUUUCUGUUUUACAAUUACAUGAUCAAAGGCACAUUUCAAAGUGCUGUAGAAAAUCAUGAUAGAUUUUUUUGGGUAUUGUAUGCUUUAAGAUUAUUUUAUGCAAUGCAAAGUAUUACUUUUUCCUAC